UAUUUAAAUCGUGGCUGCACCAGAUUUUUUGCAACCAAGGAAACUGAUAAACAGAUAUUACAGAACAGGAAAAGUCCUGAGCAUUUCAAAGAAGGUUCAUUGAAAGACCCAUUGUUAGAUGAUCAAGGUGAUUUCAACAGGAUGUGUAUAGCCAUGAAAAAAAUAGGCCUGAAUGAUGUUGAAAAGUUGGAUCUCUUCAGAGUUGUUGCUGGAGUCCUUCAUCUGGGUAAUAUUGACUUUGAAGAAGCUGGCAGUACAUCAGGUGGCUGUAUCCUAAAGAAUAAAUCCAGUCAAACUCUAGAAAACUGUGCAGAGCUACUUGGCCUUUGUGAAGAGGACUUGCGAGUCAGUCUGACAACAAGAGUAAUGUUGACAACAGCAGGGGCACCAAAGGCACGGUUAUUAA